AUGAAACAAAGUUUCCGGACUAACAAACCAAAAACAGAAGAACAAAAAAUAACAGGCACAUCAAACAAACAAACAAAGGGAAAACUCUGUGAUGGGUGUUGUCAGGCUGAGAAAAAUUUAGCGGAACGUAGGCGCAGUGACUUGAAAAUCGUCAAUCAAGUUUAUUAUUUUGAAAUAAAGCAGGAAAUUCUAUUAACUGUUCAUCAUUAUUCCUGGUUUGAGCUUGUAGCCAUUUCCCCACUUGUUACUAAUAAUCAUCUAACUUGGCAAAAUAUCUCAAGUUUAGAUUCUAAACGAGUAACGGGUAUGAGUGGUUGA